AUGCUAUCAAUAGAGAAGGCCUUCCGCUUGCUGCUGCGUCAAAAGCUGCCUGAAGCCUCGAAGCACGUCGUGAAGACGAUCAAUGCAAAGAGUGAGACUAGGAUCGAGGGACUCAUCACGAAUGCAGAACAAGAAGGCGCAACGAUCAAGUCUGACAAAAUGCAAAACUCAGCCCCAGUAGUGCUCGUCGAGGACGUCGCUCCCGGGAUGAAUUUCUGGACCGCAGAAUCAUUUGGACCUCUGCUCGGCUUGGCUGUCUACGGCGACGAAGAAGAGGCUGUGCGGAUGGUAAACAGUUCAUCGUUCGGGUUGUCAGGGGCUAUCUUCAGUCGCGACCAUCUCCGUGCGUUGAAGUUGGCGAAGAGACUUCAUACAGGUGCCGUUCAUGUGAACUCGCCAACGGUGCACGAUGAGGCUACGUUGCCGCAUGGGGGCAGGAAGGAGAGCGGAUGGGGGCGGUUUGGGUCGCAUUGGGGUUUCGAGGAGUUUCUGCAGACGAAGACUGUCAUACUGCACCCCUGA